AUGCAUUCUGUCAGAAUUAAUGCAUUAUUUCUGGCUAAAUCCAUGAAAUACCCUUGUGGAAAGGUUCUCGGUAGGUGUGAAAUAUUCCUUCCCCACAAAAAGCAGUCACUGGGGGCCAAGGGUUUGUCAGGCAAGCUGGAAGGCACGGUUGGCGUGCAAGCCCAACUUUUGCCUGAAUUUAAAGAGAAAUCUGUUAAACAGAGACCAAAAUGGAACAUACAACUUUACUCCAAGAAAAGAGAUCUCAGAUUAAGUUUGGGUUUAUCCAGUGAACCUGGGAUCUUAUGGAAUCUCAGACCUGGUGCUUUUCUAGUUUCUAGGAUUUUGUGUCUUUGUCAAGGGUUAGGAAACGAAGCUGAGAAACAUGGAAUUGACCUUAUUUGUCCCAAAUCGAAAACCAGUUUUGAAACGACUCCAGAGAACAGUUAUGUGUUUCUAUUGGAAAUCUCAGAUCUCACUGGUAUGUUCAUCACCAACAUUGAAUCGAUGGAAAAAAGUAACAAUGUGACCGAAUUCAUUCUCCGGGGACUUACCCAUAAUUCAGAGUUGCAGAAACUUUUAUUUGUUUUGUUCCUAAUCAUCUACCUGGUAACUCUUUUGGGAAACCUCCUUGUGGUCAUCACCAUCAAGGCCAGCCAGAAUCUCAGCUCCCCUAUGUACUACUUCCUCUCAUACUUAUCUUUCAUAGAUACCAUCUACUCCUCUUCCACUACUACCAAAAUGAUUGUAAACAGCCUGUCUGCCAGGAAAGCCAUCUCCUAUGAUAGCUGUAUAGUCCAGCUCUUUGUAUCACACACCUUUGGAGGGACAGAGGCCGUCCUUCUCAUUGUGGUGGCCUAUGACCAUUACGUGACCAUCUGCAAACCGCUGCACUAUUUGAUCAUCAUGAACAGUUCAGAGGGAAGGCGCAAAGCCCUCUCCACCUGUGGCUCUCACAUCAUGGUCCUCAUGCAGUUCUUUGUUCCCUGUAUCUUCACCUACAAGAGGCCUGUCUUCACCUUCCCCAUGGAUAAAGCAGUGGCCGUAUUCUAUGUUUCCAUUACUCCCAUGUUAAAUACCUUGAUCUACACCGUGAGAAAUGCAGAGUGGGAGAAGGAAGGAGCCAGUGGGUUCUUGAGAUGCUUUAAGAAAAACCACUGUGGCUUAAUCUCUUCUAAAAGACCCAUACUUGAAGGUUUUAAUGUAUUCUGA